GCCGCCGCCGCCGGGCGGAGGGAGCGCCAGGCCCGGCCCGCCCGCUGCACCGCUCACGCUCCGGCCCCGGCCCCGGCCCCGGCCUCAGUCCCGGCCCCGGCAGGGCGGGCGCCGCCGCCGCCGAGCAUGGCGAGCCGCCGCCGUGUCCCGCGGCGGAGCGGCGGGGGGCGCUGACCUGACCCCGGCCCGGCCCCGACGGGCCUUCCGCGCCGCAAACCCCCCUCCCCGUGUGUCCUGUGCUAUGAGCAUUCGGCGUGACUUCUCUGGGAGCAGUUGCAAAUGAAAAUGGAGGAAAUGUCUUUGUCUGGCCUGGAUAACAGCAAACUGGAGGCCAUUGCACAUGAGAUCUACACGGACCUGGUGGAAGAUGCCUGUCUGGGCCUCUGCUUUGAAGUCCACCGGGCAGUCAAGUGUGGCUACUUCUUCCUGGAUGACACAGACCCUGACAGCAUGAAGGACUUUGAGAUCGUGGACCAGCCUGGCGUGGACAUCUUCGGGCAGGUGUAUAACCAGUGGAAGAACAAGGAGUGCGUGUGCCCCAACUGCAGCCGCAGCAUCGCCGCCUCCCGCUUCGCCCCCCACCUGGAGAAGUGCCUGGGCAUGGGCCGCAACAGCAGCCGCAUCGCCAACAGGAGGAUCGCGAGCAGCAACAACAUGAACAAGUCAGAGAGCGACCAGGAGGACAAUGAUGACAUCAAUGACAAUGACUGGUCCUAUGGCUCUGAGAAGAAAGCAAAGAAGAGGAAAUCCGACAAGAACCCCAACUCGCCCCGCAGGUCCAAGUCCCUGAAACACAAAAAUGGCGAUAUCAGCGGGAACCCAGACCCCUUCAAGUACAGCAACUCAGCAGGGAUCAGCUACGAAACGCUGGGCCCCGAGGAGCUGCGGACGCUGCUCACCACGCAAUGUGGGGUCAUCUCCGAGCACACCAAGAAGAUGUGCACCAGGUCCCUGCGGUGCCCGCAGCACACGGACGAGCAGCGGCGGUCGGUGCGCGUGUACCUCCUGGGGCCCUCCGCGUCCCUGCCCGAGGCAGAGGGCACCGUGGAGAACGACAGCUUCGAAGUGGCUGAGAGCCAGGCCCUCAUGAGCCGGCUGCAGUGGGACGGCUCCUCCGACAUCUCACCCUCCGACUCGGCCUCCUCGAAAGCCAGUACAAACAACUCUGAGUCCCGCAAGACCAAGAAGAAGAAGCCCCACCUGGGGCUGGUGAGUGGGACCUCAGGGCUGGGUUCCAGCAAGAAGAAGAAGCCCAAACCCCCUGCACCCCACACCCCCAGCAUCUAUGAUGACAUCAACUGAGCACAGCAGAGCUGAUGGAGGAGGGGGAAGAUGGACAGACAGAUGGACACAGGCUGGAGCAGCCCUUCCCCCCCAACUGGGGCAGCCCUGCCGUUUGGACACAAAGUGGGUGCCUGGGGCAGAGGAUGGAGGACCUGGCCAUUGCCACAGGGGUUGGGGGGUGGAGUGGCAGUGGGGGUGGAUUUGGGAGCCCUCAGUCAUGCCCUUUUUCCCCCACCCCGGUGCCUCUAUUUAUUCUGUGUCAUAGUUCUUGUAUGUGGGGGCUCUCAUCGGGGGGUUGUCUUGCUCUGAGAUGGGGGCACAACCCCUCCCCCCUUCCCUCCUCACCACCCACCCAGAAACCCGCUGUGCACCUUCCCUGGCUCGUUCCUCCAGAGGACCCUUACCCCAGGGGGGUGGGGAGUGGCACACGGGUGAUGGGAGUGCAGAUCCCUCCUGCCUCGGGGGUUUGGGGGCAGCUCCCAGCCUGGGGCUGCUCCCCCCUCCCUGCUGCGGGCCAGCACGCAUGGGUUGGGCUGGAUCAGAAUCAGGGGGUAGUGUGCUGGAAGGGGCUUUUCAUGCUUGAAGGAGACAGAUGGAAACUGCACACCCCCAACUCUGCCAUAAGCAGCUGGAUUCAUCUGCUGGGGAGGGUGUUUGUGGCCCAGCAUGGCCUGUACAGGGCUUGCCCAAGCUCGGGGGAGUCCUGGGCAGGGGUGUACUGCAUGCUGCAUCCUUUGUGUUUGGGGCUGUUUGUGGGGGGACAGCUGGGGCAGCUCGGGAUGGGAGAAGCUGCCGUGACCUUUCCAGCUCUGAACUGGCCUCUGUGUACAGAGGGGUGGACCUUGGCCUGCCAGGGACUGCCCCUGAGCCUCAGAGCAAACCCGGGGCCCACAGCCUGGACUGGAGGCAGAGUGUGGUGUCCUCUGUGGUGUCUGCCCUGCCCUGGCACUGGCCUCACCCCCAGGCUGAUGGCCCCAGGGCAGCUCAGUGUCCCAGUCCUCAUGUGUCUGGGGACCUCCUGCUGCAGUUAGGGAUGGGAGGGAAGUCCUUUCAGUGUUUCUGCCCCCAUGGAGCGGGGCGGGGGAGUGCAGCACUCCACUGUGCAGUGGGGGAAGACAGGUCCCUCUCCGUGGAUCCACACCCCCCCCAGCCCAGUCCUACCCCUCUCCAGUUGUGUUCAGCACAGGGGCAGUGUUGGGGACAGAGUUAGCUCAGUCCCCACUCUUGUUCCCCCCACCCCCAAUGGCUGUCUGACACCCUGAGUUUGGCUGUAUGUCGCUGGGGGGAGGCUGCUUCUGUUCUACUCCCCCGUGCUGGGGUGGGGGGUGGGGGGCUUCUCCUUUCAGGGGGUCUUGCAAAUUAUGGUGCUCUGUACUCUGGAUUCACUAUUGUUUUAAAACUGCUGCUAAAAGCUAGUGCUGUGGCAGAGCCCUGGGCACCCCAAGCUGCUGGGGUUGGGCCCUACUGCCUGGGGAUCCUCACGCUCCCUCUCCACUGCAGUUGGCAGUAGCUCCCGGCAUGGCUUUGGGGCUGGGCCUGGCCACUGGAGCACGCCGAGCUGGCCUCCGUGUGCCCUGGGGCCUGAGGAGGAGCAUCUGGCCACCCAGAAACAGGACAACCACCCUGGGCCCUCUCCCACCGCCUGGGACAGCCUGAACCCUUCCCAUUGCAGGAGAGGUGCUGCAAUUUGGGGUUCAAGGGCCAUAAAGGGGUUGGGGACCCCCAGUCCAUAUCCUCGCCCCCCUGGCCAGGCUCAUAGGUGCCCAGGGCCCUCCUGGGCUCCAGCCUUGUCUGUUUGCACACGUGCUCCAUCCCACCCAGGGCCCUGAGCCCAGGGCAGGUCUGUGUGUCCCAGCAGUGGGUUGUGGCUGCCCCUGUAAAUAAAACUGCAUCUUGACUUGGUA